UCUCUUUGUAGGGAAACAGAGAGAGCACACUUUCUAGAGCAUCACUGGAGACAGACACACAGAGGUCCAGAUAGGACGCCCAGGAUUCCAGCUCACAGCCACCCCCUGGCCCAGCCCAGAGGGGGAGAGACAGAGCCAAAUAGAGGGGCACAGACCUCUCGGGAGCACCUUGGCCAAGAGGUCUACAAAAGGAGAAGAGGCGAUAAUCAAGAGGAUGGUCCCAGAAAGUGAAAUGGUAGUUGAUGAGAGAUAACGAUAACUACCCAACCGAUCAACGCUGGAUCUGAACUCCAAGUGACAGGUGGAUUGACUUUGUUGUGUGAAGUAGCUCUUUUCUUUUGAGAAGUUAGACCAAUAAAAAAUCUCAGUAUUCACUUUGCAAGGAUAAAUGCUCAUCAAGAGAAAGCAAGAGACCCUUCAGCAAAUAAUUUUGCCUUUUUAACGCAAUUUGAAGACAUGAAAUUCAGCUCUGAACAGCAGAAUCAACAACAUUAAAAGCUGGAUAAUAUUCCUGUCUGAAGCCUUCACACUUUUGCAUCCAUCAGACGAUAGCCACCUAAAGAGAAAAGGAUGCUGUGCUGAAUCCUAUCUAAGUAAGAGUCUCUAACUGGACUUUUAUGACUGGGACGGACUCAGGAGGGAAGACAUGUAUUCGAGCUGUGGAGUUGGUGUGGCCAGCAUUCAGAGCCAGUUCCAGGUCAGGGACUCAGUCAGAACAUAUACCGGACCUGGAGAGAAUACUCAGAUUCCAGUGGGAAGUGGCGUGACCUCUGCUUGGUGUCCAGUAUAUCACAUCCCACCUUACAGUGAUCAGCCCACCUGCACUGUUAACAGUGUGUGUAACACUCAACCCAACCCGCUGCCUACACCUCUAACUCAACCCCCCGCUGCCCUCAAACCGGGCCAGGGUGGAUUCAAAAAGGUGUGUCGCACUGAAGAGGACAGCCCUUGCCCUUUCCCGGGGCUGGCUCCAGGUGUGCUGGAGAUGCGUGUCAAGGAAGGCAGUAAGAUCCGUAACCUCAUGGGUUUCGCUAUGGCUCGCAUGCAGGGGGAUGUCGCCGGUGCUGGGGGGGAUAGCGGAGGCGGCAGCCUGAGGCAGGUAAUUUUCUCGGGAUCGGGUCGCGCCGUCACCAAAACCAUCACGUGCACUGAGAUCAUGAAGAGGAAAGUGGGGUGUCUGCACCAGCUGACCAAGCUGCGCUACAAGGGUGUGAGGGAGGUGUGGGAGAGCCAAGAAGGCGGCGCGUCAGAGAUGACCGUCCACAGGACCAUCCCAUCCAUCAGCAUCCUUCUGUCCAAAGACCCCCUGGACCCCCAGGAGCCUGGCUACCAACCCCCUGAGACAAUCAGUGCCCUCUGGGAGGAGAGAGAAGGUGCGGACGUCCCACAGACAGCCAGCAAGAGACCUUUGUCUUUGUCCCCACACAGCAGUUUCCCUGACUCUAAGAGAGUGUGUCUGGGUCUGGAAGACGGUGCUCUGCCUCAGUCCAACCCCCAGGCUAACUGACUGACUGAACUCGUAUUAAACAGUGGACUGGGAAGGAUCACAGGAGUUCAUUCUGCACUGCCCUCCACUUAAGCACAGUGCUGAGACAAUCAGAACAUUCACUUAGAUGGAACAGUGUUUUCUGAGGAGAAGUGAGUACCCGAUCCGCCCCAUCCUCAGGAGGUCAGUCACAAUGGGACCUGAAAGCUAAGCUUGUCUCUGUAGAUACAGCGUUUAUGGUGCCCAUUUCUCAGCACAAUCCGACGUCUGCCGCCAUGUCUAAACUUAAUGUUUUCAUACUGUAUGUGUCACACUGUAAAAGCUUGCCAUGACAGCUCAAAUCAACAUCUCAAAGUACUAACACAGCAAAGCACUGGGCUACACAAUCACAAGAUCCCAGAUGUCUAUUUUCAGUAGACUGACCAACAACCCCUAUUGACCGUUGUAUUUCUGUUUUCCUAAUUAUAUCUUUUAUGUCUUAAUAUACAUAAGGUAGGUCCAAAGCAUUGUAAUGAAUAUACACAAUAACUAAAUGUUCAAAACUAUCCAUAAUGCAGAACUGUAUCUUCUUUUUUUCAAACAUUGAAAUAAACUAUAU